GCGGUCGUUCGCCGCUCCUUAGAACUACGAUUCCCAGAAUUCCAUGGACUGCAGGGGCGCUUCUUUCUGAGGACUUGCAGGGCCACACCGUUAGGGGUUACGAAGCAGGGAAGGCAGCGGUAAAAGAGGUAAGAGCCUCGGUUGAGAUGGCAUUCUGGGAAAUGGAGUUUAGGAGCGGGAAUGUCUUCGACUCGCGGACGUCUUGAAUGGGCAGUCCGGAAGCCCACCCUGCGCAGGCGCACUAAGCUGUCUGGCCUGGCGGGUGCGUCCUCUUCGCUGGCAGCGUUGGUCGGAUUGCAGACCUACGGGAAGAGCUUCAGGGCUGAGGCUGGAGAGUGAUACAGAGGAACAGAUCCUGGGACUGCUGGCGCCUUUGCAAUUCCUGACCAUCUCUAAAACAGUGAGGAAGGGCUAACCAUGGAGGAUUUGACCCAAAUGAUUGGAGAGAGAGCUCUGCCUUCCCAGGAUGAGAAUCCCCCAGAUGAGGACAUGGCUGCUGUGGUCUUGCCAGCUGGACCCCAGCAAUCAGUGGCAUAUAAGAAUGUAGCUAUGGCCUUUGGCCAAGAGGAGUGGAGUCAAUUGGACCCUACUCAAAAGGACGUGUACAGAGAUGUGAUAUUGGAAAAGUAUCGGCACUUGGUUUCAAUGGGGCUUCCAAUUUCCAAACCUGAUGUCAUCUCACAGUUAGAGAGAAAAGAAGACCCAUGGAUGCUGGAAAGGGAAGUCUCAAGAGACGUCUAUUCAGGUCUGUUGGAAUUGUCUUGAAUCACCUCAUUGUUGAAAAGAUCCAAGUUCAUCACAGUUGUUACUUAAUCUUACUGUUGCCAUAUACAAUGUUUUCCUGGUUCUGCUCACUUCACUCAGCAUCAGUUCAUGUAAGGCUCUCCAGGCCUCUCUGAAAUCAUCCUGCUGAUUGUUUCUCACAGAACAAUAAUAUUCCAUAACGUUCAUAUACCACAAUUUAUUCAACCAUUCCCCAACUGAUGGGCAUCUGCUCAGUUUCCAGCUUCUGGCCACUAUGAAGAGGGCUACCACAAACAUAAUUGCACAUACAGGUCCCUUUCCCUCCUUUAAGAUCUCUUUGGGAUAUAAGCCCAGUAGAAACACUGCUGGGUCAAAGGGUAUGCACAGUUUGAUAGCCCUUAGGGCAUGGUUCUAUAUUGCUCUCCAGAAUGGCUGGAUCAGUUCACAACUCCACCACCAAUGUCUUAGUCUCUUUUCAAAAACAUUGUGGGAAAUGCCAACAUUCAUUUUUACUCAGGUAAAGACGAUGGCUAUGACUCCCCACUAGUCCUGUGCCAAGCUGUCCAGGGAAAGCACAGCAGCCCAGAUGCUGGCUCCUCCAGCCUCAAUCCCAUUGGGCUUACUCUCUUAAGUUAUGGAAGUAGUUCUAAUGGAACAAAAGUCCACUAGUGUUUUCAGUCAUUUCUUUACUGUAUCCCUGGGGUGGCAGAGUAUCAUUGGCUCACUUCCUUCUCAUGGGUCCUAAUAACUCCCUGUCACCAAAUAGUUAAUGUGACCUCUUUCUUUGCUAGCAAAGCAGGCACAGAACUUGAGAUAUGGAUCUGGAAAAUUAAGUGUCAUGAGUGUACAACUUCAUACUCCCCAGUGCUGUUGUAAAAAUAAGAAUUUAUGGUAUUAAAAGAAAAAAAUAUUAUGAAAUGAAGUAUAAAUUGUACAAUAACAGAAUCAAGAACAAUUUUCAUAUUGAAAAGGUUGGUGUUCUUAUUUUUUCAUACUCUGGCCUCAUCACGCCCUUUUAUCCUCUUACUCAGCUUAUCUUCAAUUGAUAAGCAAAGUAACAUUUUGCUACUCACUAAGAGCCUCUUUUCCUUCUGGCUCUCUGUGAACUCAUUAGUUUCUUUCUUUCUUUUUUUUUUCCUUUAUCACAAUAGCUAGCCUCUGCUCAGCGCUGCCUUUCUGGAGCAACUUCCCUCUCGUAUUCCAUUUCUCUUAUUUAACAACCUUUUCCAGUCUGGUUCUCUUUUUCUUUGUAUAGUUAAGGCACAUGCAUAUGAACUGACUUUCUAGUUAACCAACGUAGUAGCUUCAUUUCUCAAAGCAAUCAGGUACUUAAAUAAAAAAGUUUGUGCUUUUUUGUUUUUUAUACUAUGCAAUCUUCUCAUAUUAUCUUCCCUCUCUACCCCCUCAUUCCAGCCAACAGGAUACCCUUCACUCCCACCCCCCAACUCCCUAUUUCCACCCAUCCAGCCACUCCUAAUAACUAAGAAAAAUAAUAGAGCAAAAGUGACCAGCACAGUGACCGUAUCUAUCAAGUAUAUUUUUAUAAUCUGCUGUCCCCCUCCAACACAUACACCUCCUUCCCAACAAAGAGGUUUGAGAUAUGUUUAUCAAACUGUCCUCUGGAACUCAUCAUGUUAUAAGCCAAAGACAAAUUAAACAAAUUUUUUUCAUGCUUCCAAAUCUGGGUCUCCAGCUUUGAUCUCUCAUUUGCAUUCCAAUCCCAUACUUCCAUCUAUUUAGAGACCCUGGGAUAACUCACACUUACCUCAUACUCUUCUCAUUCAAAAUUGCACUCUUUGUUGCCUCCAAACUAGUUCUUCCCUUUGUUGUUCUUCCUAUUUCUUAGGCAAGAAAACUGAAAAUUACUUCUGGCUCUUCCCUCUCAUCUGAUAUAAUCAUUCACUAAGUCCUGUUGAUUCAUACUUCGAAAAGUCUGAUUUGUCAUUUCUUCUCCACUUUGACUGACAGCAUUCAGUGGAAACCACCAUUACUGUAGGCUUAGAUUGUUGUAACAGUCUCCUACAUUUUCUUACAUCUUAUUUACUGAUUACUUCUGUCAUAUUCUUCUACCCCCAAAAAAACAUUGAUUUCAUCGUAACAUUUCCUCUCAAUCCAGGCGUGGUUAUUGAUUCCCAAUGCCACAACGGGCACUCCACCUCAUCAGAUUUUUAAAAACACUUAUUAGUGCCUUUUGUCUUUAUAUUGAAGUCAUUUCGAUUCUUCUUCCAUAUUGAACCUACCUCCUCAAAUGUGUUGAGCGUACUUUCCUCCAAUACUCCUAUUGCACUUGUGUAUAUAGUAUACAGUGCUGCAAUUACCUGUUGUAUUGGAGUAUUCCAUAAUUGUUUUGUGUGUGAUUUAUGUGCCUGCCUACAUUGGAAGCUUCUCCAAGCUUGCACAUUUAUUCCUAUCACAUCAUUGAUUUAGAACUGGAAUCUUAGUGAUUUUGUAGUGCAACCCCAUUUUGCAAAAGAGGUAACCAAAGCCCAGUGAGAAAAGGCUACACAGGUAGUCAUCCAAAUUGGUAUUUGAACUGUGUCAUCUAACUUCAAAUGUAGCACUCUUUCCUCUAUAAUACAGGCUUGGAGUAAGCACAAGACCUGUCCCACAAAAUGGCUACAAAACAGGCUUUCACAAACUAUUUUUCUUUUGGCUUUCUAAGGUGCCAGGAAGAUGAGAAAACUUUGCUCUUUCUCAUUUGUUUUGUCAUCUUAUUUUGCCCACCAGUUAUUUUCUGUUUCAUCUUUCCUAAGCAACUAUUAGGAGAGAAAGACAAAAAUUAAGAUGUGAUCUCUGCCUUCCAGAAGUUUAUGGUCUUUUUAGGUAGCAGGAUAUACAUAGAGAAAAGGUAUUCAUAAUGGUUCAAAGUGAUAUGUGUCAGUGUCAAAGUGAAAAACUACAGCUAGUAGGAGAAGAUUUUGGAAAAGAACAGGGUUGGCUGGAGUAGUUGGGGAAGAUUUUUAGAUGGGAUUUGACCUUGGCCCUGAAAGAUUUGGUUAGAUGAAAAAACAGAAGGGAAUUCUGGGUUGGAGAAUAGAAUGCUUAAGGCUGUGAAUAUUA